CCAAAAUCAAGAUGAGCCGCAAAGUACAGGGGUUACUAUCGACAAGAUGUGCUUAACAAUUGGACGAAUCCGAGGAGCGGUCGCAGGUGUGUUAGUCGGCUUAUUGGUAUGGAUGCGGAGGAGACACUAUAAGGAUUAUGCGCCAUCGAUCAGCUCCAUACCUAAGGCUCACGAUAAUAAGGUCAGAAUCGGUAUAUCUCAACUCACGGAUCUCGUUCACAGGGUCAAAUAGGAUCUAUCCUCCACGACUUGUUGUGGUCAGUGACCCGCAAGUGGAGGUGGGCAAUGACGGAAGAGAGGGGAAAGCAGAUUCGAUAAUGACUGGAGGACCAUACA